AUGGCUCGUAUGAACCGCCCUGCUCCAGUUGAGAUAACUUACAAGAACAUGAGAUUUCUUAUUACACACAAUCCAACCAACGCAACCUUAAACAAAUUUAUAGAGGUAUGCCUUCUCUAUUAAAACUCUCUGUUAAUCUAGAAAUGCUAACCUUCUCCAUUAAAUAUGUACACAAUCUGUUUAAAAGUACAGGUUUUAUAUUUAAUUUUUUUACUGAAUACUUAUGUGUGAAUCUGAUUGCAGCCUUGUAUGUAUUUGAUUAUAUCUUUAGAGGGGCUGGUUAUUUGCACCUACUAAAAUCGGGUAUAUUCCUAAAACAGAGUAUACAAAUUAUGGUGAGAAUGUAGCAACUGCCUACAUAGGAUAUAGUUGCAAUUGAAAAAUUGACACUUAGAAAUAACUGUUGCACACAAACCUUAAAGCUAGUAAUAAAACAAUGUGACUAUAUAAUAUCCAAAAAACUGCGUGCAAAAACAAAAAAAGUUGGGUAAAGACUCGGACACUAAAAAAAGGAUCUCCGUAUUAAUACUAUAUGGAUAUACUUGUGCAAUAAGAACCUGUAGAGGCUACCUAAUAACUAAAUAUUGCACUGGGCGAUAACUCUCACACUAAAUGUUUCUAAUCUACUAUAAAGAGAUUUACUAUGAAGAAUAUUGCAUAUAAAAUAUAUCACUACUCUGGGAAAAGUAGUGUAUCUUCUUUCCAAACAUCACUCUUCAAUGAUCAGAAACUUAUUUAAAUCAAAAUGUACAAUCAUACAUCUACCAUAAGAUGAGCAUUUUGGGAACUGGCAGGGAGCCUCUGACGAGCACCUUUUGUCAAAAUGUGGCUCAUCAGAAGGUCCCUACUAGCCAGGGAUAAAUAUUUAAAACGGGGGCGCUUAACAAUUAAAAUCCUUGUGUGGAGUCCAAUGGAGCCAAUAUAAGGGAGAAAACAAAAUGGGACAGGAAUACUAAUAUAGUGUGGAGUCUAUAACCGCACAGGCAGUAUAUAAGGAAAAAAUGUUCAGCAUGUAGGAAUACUGAUAAUAAAGAUAAUAAGGAAUACAAUGUGAAUUUCAUAAAUGUAACUUGAGUAAUGCAAAAUUGUUAUGUAGAAGUUUGACUAGGCAGAUAUUUGUUGUGGUGUCUUUUUGUGUUUACUGGAUGACCACAUUAGCUGAUGGAGAUUAAUAUUGUGAGAGUCAGUUACUCACAGAUACUGUUAAAUUCAAUUCUAGUGCUGUAUGAACUCUUGCCAGUUCUGAUUUUCAGAGCAGACUGCCGGAGUGACGGUAAAAAAUCAGGGAGGCUAAGUAGACAACUUAAAAGCACUGUAAGUAUGGGGUCAUGUUUUUGGCCUCUGAAGCACACUUUGUACAUGUGAGCCUCUGGCAGUGGCUUUUACAUAGUUUUAAUGCUGUUGCUAAUAUAAGUAUGUGUGUACUGUGCUCAAGACCUGGAUAUAAAAUGUUAUAUUGAUUAUGCCAUAGAAUCUGUCUAGGUGAGUAGAAAGGGUUUUAUUAUAAUGCUGUAUUUCCCAUACAAAGCAGUGCUAGCAAAAUGUUAAAAUGUUGCUGUAGUUUUUAUUUUUAAAUCUUCACUCUUUUUAACGUGAAAAUCAUUCCACUGCGACAUUUUCCCCACUAUAUGAGGCGAUUUUUCAAAAAUUCUAAGCACAUCUCCUGGUGUGUCUAAUUACUUGUGUUGAAUUUGUUUAAAAUUUUCAGAAAGUAUAGGUCUAUUAAUAUGGCAACAUUUUCCUUGUAGGAGCUUAAAAAGUAUGGUGUCACUACAGUCGUAAGAGUUUGUGAAGCCACCUAUGACACCACUUUAGUAGAAAAAGAAGGCAUUCAGGUUUUGGUGAGUAAACAUGUAUUUUAUUUAUUUUUACUUUUACUAUGUUUUUGUGUAGGAAAUUGCAUUUAAUUGGCUUGAUGAUUUCCUGUGUGUGUGUAUAUGUGUAUUCUAAUCUCUUAUUUUUUUUUAUUUUUUUAAGGAUUGGCCAUUUGAUGAUGGUGCCCCACCAUCCAGUCAGAUUGUAGAUGAUUGGUUAAAUCUUCUUAAAGCAAAAUUCCGUGAAGAACCUGGCUGCUGUAUUGCAGUACAUUGUGUUGCUGGCCUUGGAAGGUAAGAUGGUUUUAUAUGUGUAGCCUUUAAAGUAAGGGGGGAUAUUCUGUGUACAUAAACAGCCACUAUAGUGUAAGGAUGUUAAAUUUAACCUGUUUGAUCCAAAAUAUGGAUACUUGUGUCUCAGCCCCUCACUAAGCACAGCUAUUGCUUACGUUACCCUUUUUCUUUAGCAAUGUUAGGUUACACAUAGCCCUACUCUUGAUUGAGUCUUGCAAAGUUAAGCAGUCAACGGUAACGGCUCGGCCCAAGUUAUAAAUCGUUUAUAUAGCCCGCCUAGGAAACCAUUACCAGAUGUACAAAUCAUGGCUCUUGGCAAUGUCUUUUUAUCUGAGUUCUUCAUUAUCUCUUUUUAGAAAUAACGCAACAUCUGUAUUUAAUUUGGCAGACCGUUUUACUUUCUCCAAUGCCAUGGUCAAGGUUAGGCAACCAUUGGCACAAAAGAGGUUGUGGUCUACACUUUCCCUAGUGCUUUGCCAACAUUAUGGCUGGAAAAGCAAUAUCGGAAAUAUAAUCCACAACAUCUGAAGUGCCAAAUGUUGCCUACCAUUGCCAUAGGUGCACAUGUUCUUAUCCCAUGUGAGUUUAUAUGCCUAUUAACACAUAUAUAAUGUCUGUAUAUAGUUACAGUAUUUACACUUUUCUGGUAUUCAGCUGAGAUUUCUUGCUGUAUACUAGAUUUUUUUUGUGGUUUUUCAGUUUUCCAUUUCCUUGUGAGGGUGUUUGGUUCACUGUCGUUUACAGUUUAACUACAGGUGGUGCAAAAUGUUAACCAUUGCUUAUUUCAGGGCUCCUGUACUUGUUGCACUUGCUCUCAUUGAAUGUGGAAUGAAAUAUGAAGAUGCAGUGCAGUUCAUAAGGCAGUAAGUAUAUACAAUUUCUGAAAUAUUGACCUAUUUAGUUUAACACACAGGACAUUCGAUGUCACCAACCUCACAUUUUUUAAGUUUGAUUUUGUUUUUUUUAAUACAUUUUGUGUGCUUAAAAGGUUACCUGAGAUAGCGUAUGCAAAAUUGCAGGUCCUUAUCUUCUGUGUUUACAAAGUUAUAAAGGUGCAAAAUUAGCAAUUUUCACCAUUUUAUUUUUAAUAUUUAAACUGUCCAUUAAUUUAUUACAAAGUUCACUAGAAAAUGUACUAAUUUCUGUGUCACUUGCACAUAUGGUAAGGAAAUAUUUUAUUUUAAAGUCACUUCACGGUACAGUGGAGUAGAACUUGAAUUUGUUGUUACAUGCUAAUAAAAACAUUUGAUCCUUAAAGAACAACUAUAGUGCCAGGAAAACAAACUUGUUUUCCUGGCACUAUAAGGUCAUUAGGUGUGUCCCCCUCAGUGAUACAUCCACUAGAAGCUGGAUUAACUCUUUGUAAACAUGGCAGUUUCUCUGAAAGUGCUGUUUUAAGCUGCAGGGUUAAAACUAGUGGGAUCUGGCACCCAGACCCCACUUCAUUGAGCUGAAGUGGUCUGGGUGCCUAUAGUGGUCCUUUAAUCUUCUCUGAAGUUUAGAUAAUUACUGCAAACUAGUUUUUACUUACACUAACAUAACUUCUUAUUUCAUUGGCACCCUAUGUUCACAUUUGACAGUUGGUGUAUAUUUAUUAUUUUAUUUUUAUAAAGACCCUUUUUGAGAAAAUGAUUGCCAAAAUAUUGAUUCCUAGUAUAGACCAGUAAUAUCUCAUCUGGGAGAACUCUUUGCAAAAUGUAGCCUAGUACUUCUUAGUUUGUCUUGAAUCUUCAAAUAGCUCUGGAAUUCAUAUGCUGUCUUCAAGUUUUGUUUUUAAGAGCAUCUUUAAAAUGCAAACUUGAUUAGACACAGAAAGGCAGAUACUUUGAGUGCCAAUAUUUUCCAGUUGAAGGAACACUCCAUAUCCAUUACAUCUCACUUGGUUUGAGAGCUGGAGUCUUUGGGCACGGUCUUACCAAAAGCUGCUAAACUGUUUAAAAGCUGACCCAACCUUUCCCCAGCGCCACUGUUUUCCUUCCUGUUCUCAUAUGAGCAUAAUACAGUCUGUAGGGGUUUCUGGGGAAUGAACGUAAACUAACUUGGUGUGGUUUAACAACUAACAUGAAGGCACAAAGGGAAUCCCGACCACACAAACUGAUGUAAUUAGUUUGAGAGUUUUGUGUUCAGUGGACUACAUGCUUGCCCCAUCUAGUAUAUAAUGCACUUUGGUACAGGUGAUGUGCUAGCAUAAAAUGAUGUCAGUUUUUAUUAAAGUUUUCCAAAAUAAAAAGUUGUAACUGCAUCUUUUAAAAUUGUUAAUGUAUUUUCUUCUGCAGGAAGCGUCGUGGAGCCUUUAAUAGCAAACAGCUGCUAUACUUGGAAAAGUAUCGUCCCAAGAUGCGUUUACGCUUUAAGGAUUCAAAUGGUCACCGUAAUAACUGCUGCAUUCAAUAA